AAAUUUAUCAACUUUUGUUUUUAAUUUUUUUACAACUGCGGUUUCGUUGGAUUAACCUAUAACUGUUAAAAUCACUGUUUAGAACAUGGCGUCAAUCAGCCGUGGGGUUAAGUCACUUUCAUUACUUUUCUCUAAAUGCUAUAAUUAUCAGAAACUUAUUGCCUAUUCAACUGCACCCUUAUCAGCUGUGCAAAAUGUGUCUCAUCGGUUUAGGACAUUGGAAAAUAAUCCACUCCUGCACACAGAGGAUCAUAUUGGAAAAUUUUACCUUAUUCCACCAAAUGAAGUCAAGAAACUUUUCUCCAGUGGAGGUAUUCCUAAAUCAUUGAUGAUGCUGAUGGAAAGUUUUAAUGAGUCUUGUGUAAUGAUAAGGAAGCCAUCUGUUGAAAUUAUCUCCAUCCUAAAGAAAAUUAAUUACUCCCAGCCUGCUGUACGAUUUGUUUUAUAUGGAAAAUAUGGCACAGGAAAGACAUCAAGUUUAAUUCAUUUAGUACAUUAUGGGUAUCAUUCAAAGCAUCUUUUACUUCAUCUUCCUUGGGUAUCAAAUUGGACAAAACGGCCGAAAGAGAUAGUCAACUCACAGUUUAAGGAAGGCCGCAUUGAUCUACCUGUAGAAUCUGCCUUGUGGCUUCAGCAUUUUAAAUUACAGAAUUCAGAAUUAAUGAAAGAGCUAGAUUUGAAAACAUCUAAGGAAUACACUUGGAGCAAACGUGAAAUUACAGAAAAAGAUGCACCCCUAAUGGAAGUUGUUGAACAUGGCUUAAAAAGGGUGCGCCAUUCAUCUGACUGUGUAGCAGUUCUUCUAAAGGAAAUAAAACAGCAAUCACAUCUUGGCAAAUUCAAAACAAUGGUGGUUAUUGAUGGAAUGAAUGCCUUUUAUUCUAAGACAAAUAUAAAGCGAUCUGACAGAACUUUGGCUCCUGCUUGUGAUGUCACUAUUGUUAAUGCUUUUAUGAAACUUUUGAAAAAUGACUGGAACAAUGCUGUUAUUUUAACAACUGUAGACACAGUACCCCAUAACCGUGAAACCUGUAAGGUGGAUCCCUAUACCCCAAGAUAUUUACUUGGAAAGGAGGCUUUUGAAGUAUUAGAUCCAUUUAUACCUAUACAGACAGAUAAUUACACUGAAAAAGAAGCAGAUAGUACUUUGGAUUAUUACGUAGAUAGGUUCUGGAUUCAGUCGCAGGAAGCUCAAGAAGAAAGUGGUAGAAAGCAACUUAAGUUCCUUAGUGGUUACAAUCCUGACUGGUUAAGAAAGCUUUGUGAUCCUUUAUAAGUUAUGCAUGUAAAUAAAAUAUAUCAUUUGUUAUUGUA